AUGUCGACACUUACAAUCCACGGUCUGAAAUCCGAUGACAUCCACUCGGCAAUUCAGCUGCUCACGCACAAUCUGAUAAAUAUUCAUGAUACAACCGGCGAAUUUCUCCUCAGACUCGAAGAUGGGCGCGUGAUCGAUACCAAAGGCUGGGACGGAUGGGAGUGGACGCAUGGCAUCGGCUUAUAUGGCCUGUGGCACUACUACACACUGACGGGCUCACAAGAUACCAAAGACAUUAUGACUGGCUGGUUCCAGAAGCAAUUGGCCAAAGGAACAACCAAGAACAUCAACACAAUGAGUCCAUUCCUCACGCUCGCAUAUUUGUACGAAGACACCGGCAACCGGACAUACCUACCAUGGCUGGACACGUGGGCAGAGUGGCUCAUGAACGGGCUGCCGAAAACCAAAUAUGGAGGUUUCCAACAUGAGACGUACAACUCAUUCAACAAGGACGAGUUGUGGGACGAUACGCUGAUGAUGAGCGCGCUUCCGCUUGCGAAGAUCGGUCUCACAUUGAAUCGGCCAGAGUACGUUGAGGAAGCGAAGAGACAAUUCAUCUUGCAUUGCCAAUAUCUGUUCGACACUUCGACAGGCCUUUUCUUCCACGGAUGGAAAUGGGAAGAAGGCAAGGAUGGCAGCAUCGGACAUAACUUCGCCAGAGCAAGAUGGGGACGUGGUAAUUCCUGGCUCACAAUAGUUCUACCAGAGUUUGUCGAACUGCUACGCCUCCAGCCUGGCGAUCCGCUCCGACAGUUCCUCCUCGGUAUUUUCGAGGCGCAAUGCAAAGCACUUGUCAAGCAUCAAGGAGAGAACGGCAUGUGGCGGACGUUGAUUGACCUUCCCCUCGAAGACGGCAACUAUGACGAAGCGUCAGCUACUGCGGGCUUCGCUUACGGUAUGCUCAAGGGUGUAAGAAAGGGUUAUAUCGGAAAGGAAUACUUGGAACCGGCGGUGAAGGCGGUGAAGGCAGUGCUGGGCAAAAUUAACACGGAGGGUGAAUUGCUCGAAGUGAGCUUCGGAACUGCAAUGGGACCCGACCUGGAUUUCUACAAAAAGAUACCCCUUACUAGCAUGCCGUACGGUCAAGCGAUGGCCAUCAUGGCGCUAGGAGAGUUCCUGCGUACCUUCAUAUAG